GGUACAGACCGGGUGACCCCCCCAUCCCAACCAUGAUUCACGUGGAGAGGCGGAGACUUCAUAUCGGAUUCAGCAGGCAAGCAGGAGGACGGUCCUGUUCUCACCGCUCACUAGCAGCUACCGCACAAAAAAGCAACUAACUAACCUCCGAAGCAGAGCAAAGUUUCUUCUUUGUGUCCGCCUCGUUUACAAUGUGAAAAAUGGCCGGAGCAAGCUCUGAUUGGGUGGAGAUACUGGAGCCACGCUCCCGGGAGCGCAUGUAUGUGAACUUGACCACCGGUGAAUGCGGCUGGGAUCCCCCUCCUGGUGUUCCUGUCCGCCAGGCAGACGGCAAUCAGUGGUGGGAGCUGUUUGACCCGCACAGUGGCCGCUUCUACUACUACAACUCAACAGGGCGCCGCACGGUCUGGCAUCGACCGCAGGGAGCCGACAUAGUGCCACUCUCCCAGCUGCAGGCCAUGAAGUGGUGCAGCGAUGCCAGGCAGGCUGGAGGGGUCUCUGAAGACCAUCACCACCGCCCUACCACCGGCAGCAUCGGCAGCGUGAGAAGCCAGGGGCGCUGCACCCCUCUGGCGGAGCGGGACGGUGACAGCCCGCUCCCCACUGCCCUGGAGCCCUCUGAGCCAAGAGCUCACUCCGAGCUGGAUCCAGCUAUGGACAGCCGAACGAAGGGAGAUGGAAGCAGCACUGAACAUGACACAGAUGAUGGCAAAGACCCGCAGAGGGAUAAUUCGCAGAGAUGGCAGCCUACUCCCGGUUCUAAAGCGGCCAUGUUGGUGAAGGUGAACAGCAUGCCGCGCAGCCAGCCCGUCCCACCACUGCAGCACAACACACACAUCAAAACCAGCACUGCCUCCCUGCACCCUUCUUGCAGCAAAUCCCACGGAGGACACCUGAACUCCAGCCAGGGAUAUAAAACAGCCCCUGCUGGCAAAAUGGCCAGUGAUGCACGUCCGGCUCAUCACAUAAGGAAAGCCAGUAACGGUAGCUUCUGUUUGGUGACAUCAGACAGCGGCCACCCCAGUCCACUCCUCCAUAGGUCACAGACUUGCACCCCUCGCCCUGUCUCUCCUCAGUAUGGUUGCACCGCCCCGAUCUACGAUGAACCAGUUUUAGACUGUCCCAUAUAUGAUGAACCCCCUACAGAUAUGGAAGUAGAGGGGGCCCACCUGUAUAAUGGACAACCUUUGUCUCGUUUGACCCCUACUCAAAGUCUUCAAAAGCCUAGACUCCUCCCACACCCAGCUUCCUCUCAUCUGGGGUCUAGACACCGGAGAGACCCUUCUUCCUCUGACUACAGCCCAGCUGGUCUGGAGUGCAUCAAGCACAUGGUCAAUGUGGACCCCAAACAGGGGCUUCCAAACAGCUCCCCCCUGCCCACACGAGCUGCUUCCCCUACCUCCAGACAGGACCGUGUUUUGACUCUGCCCCAGUCACAGCCACACCCGUCACAGCAGUCUCGAGGUCAGUCGAGGGACAGAGAGCCAGGAACCCCGGGACCGAGUUCACUGGACAAAAAGCAUAAUUGGCGGAUCCUUGAGGCCACUGUGCAGCGUGCCAUGGAUGCACGACACAGCAGGCAGAGCAGCCAAGCCUCGCAGGACUUCCCAUCCACAACUCCCCAGGCCACAGCCAACUACCAGGACUCUGGGUACUCCACAGGGCCCUCUCCAAGCCUGAGAAGAAAAAGCAGGAGGCGGGUGGGAGCCGGUGGAGUGGCAGGGGGCAGGCCGGGGUCGGUAGGAAGCAGCGGAGAGCUUAGCGCCCUAAAUGAGAGACUUAUGGCAGAAAUGAGGGAGGUGGUGAGUCGCUCCAAUACCAUGAGAGAGGUGAGAGCUGGGCUGGACCCAGAAAUGGGGGAGAGGGGGGUUGUACCCCGCACACUCUCCCCCGCAGACUCGCUCAGGUGGUUUGGAGGAGGAGGGAGCUCUACAGGCAGGUGUCCAUCACAAGAGGACAUCAGUGGCGCUCCACGGGCCUUAAAGGGGAUGGCUUACUAUGGCCCCUCUGCCCUGACCCCAGUGGAUGUUCCAGGGAGGCAAAAGAGGACCUAUGAGAAGGUGGAUACCUUGGAGAUGAGCAUUAACAGCCAGGCCAGCCUUUCAUCACCGGAGACACCAGGACCACCAUCACAGGCGGGAACCCUAGAGCUGCAGGCUCAGUUGGAGAGCAGGAAGAAAGGCAUGGUGGAUGGACGGACGGCUUCACUAGGUCCGCAUCGCUCUGCCAGCCACGACAACCGAGAAGGAGCGGAUGGGGCAGGAGGGCGUGGAGGAGGAUCCUCCUACCAGCUCUCUUAUGCUACCCUGCGGAAGCCUCCACCACCUGACAUGGGCAUGGAGGACUGGGCCAGCAAGCAUCUCAACAUGCACACGCAAGGUCUGUUCCGCCGCCGCGUCUCCAUUGCCAGCAUGUUAUCCUGGAACCGCGGGUCCAUCAAGAAGCCAAUGCUGGUCACCAGCGACCGCGCCAUCAGGAAGGAGGCCUGCGAGAUGUUCAAGCUGGUUCAGGCCUACAUGGGAGACAGGCCUUCGCGGCUCGACCGCCGCCACUGCGCGCUGCUCAUCGUCACAAAGUGCUGGGACAUGCCGGGGCUGCGGGAUGAGCUCUACGUGCAGCUGGUGAGACAGACCACAGGCAACGCCAGCCCCCGGAGCCUGGCGGCGGGCUGGGAGCUCAUGGCUGUCAGCUUGGCCUUCUUUGCCCCCUCGCCCAAGUUUCGCUGCUACCUGGAGGGCUACAUCCAAAGACACACGGAGCCCAACAGCGACAAGAAAUGUGAGUCUCAGACUGAGGCACAGGUGACACAGUUUAUUUUGGAACAGCAGGAACUAAAACUGAAGAAAAAUUCAAAGUCCAGAAAAAAGAGGAAACAGAACACGGAGGAAGAAGAAGGCCUUCCUAUCAGCACCUAUGCUAAGUUCUGCCAUCGGAAGCUGCUCAAGGUGGCCAUCACAGGAGGCAAAAAGGGUCUUCGUAAGCCCACCUUGGAGGAGAUCGACCACAGCAGACGGGCUAUCAUCACCCCGUCUCUUUUUGGCAGCUCUCUUGAGGAAGUGAUGGAGAGGCAGAGCGAGCUCUUCCCAGACAGGAAGCUACCCUGGGUGCAGGUUCAGCUGUCCCAGUAUGUCUUGGCUCUGGGCGGGGCUCAGACAGAGGGCAUCUUCAGAGUGCCCGGAGAUAUUGAUGAAGUGAAUGCAUUAAAGCUCCAAGUGGACCAGUGGAGGAUUCCAGAGAAUCUCACUGACCCGAAUGUUCCUGCCUCUCUGAUGAAGCUGUGGUACCGUGAGCUGGAGGAGCCCCUGAUCCCAAUGGACUUCUACAAGCAGUGCAUCAGUAACUGUGAUGACCCGGUGGCAGCCAUAGCUGUGGUGCAGUCCCUCCCAGAGCUGAACCGUCUGGUUCUGUGCUACUUCAUCCACUUCCUUCAGGUAUUUGCCCAGCCGUCCAACGUCGCCAUAACCAAGAUGGACGUGAACAACCUGGCCAUGGUGAUGGCUCCCAACUGCCUCCGAUGCCAUUCGGACGACCCGCGGAUCAUCUUCGAGAACACACGUAAAGAGAUGUCCUUCCUGCGAAUGCUCAUCGUUCACCUGGACACCGGUUUCAUCGAGGGGGUGGUGUAGACACUGAAUCUCUCCGAGUGCACAUUUCAGCCAUACUUUUCCAAACAAACACUGUCUCUGUUGAGGUCACACUGGAAACUGUUGAGGUGAUGUACAGAUCUUAAAGUGUGUGUGUGUGUGUGUGUGUGUGUGAAUGAUUGGACUUUAUCUUUUCCCUUCCAGAGAGACAUUUCAGUUCACUGUUUAAAACUAGAAAAACUUUUUUGUUUUUUAACAGCAUGUGAAAACAGGCUCAUGCUUUAUUUCUUAUUCUCAAGAUAUUACUACUGUUACAGCUUGGUUGUGAAAGACGACAUGAAUCAAGAUUUAUUCAGAAUAAUUCAUUUGUAAAAAGAAAAGAUGUUAAUUUAAGCAUUUACCUUCUUUUCCUUAACUUUCUGCUUUUAUUGUUUGAUUUAUCAGUGUGAACAAAAAAUGUCAAUUUAAAAAAGCCUUGUAAUCUAAUCACAUUUUCCUCCGCUUGACUUUUAGUUGUAUUGCUGAUUUUUGGGAUUUAUUUCUUAGAGAACUGCAGAGCAUACAGCACCUUUGAUUUGAAGCACAGCCUGGGAGGAUGUGCUGGAAGCUGUUGUGGAUUUGGAGGAAAAUGUAGUGAAAAAACCCAAUUAGUGAUUUAUUUUUCUUCCAAAUGGAACCCAUUACUAACGCCAUGUCAUGCUGUUAAAGUUCACUCAUCCGGUAAUUUGCAUUUUAUUUGUUCUGUCUGUUUAGUUGGAUUCAUUCUCUUGUUUGUGAUCCUUUCUUUGGCUCAGGUCUUAUGGGGAAUAAAACGGGUGUUAGACAUUCAUCACCAACUUAAAACUCUGUGUGACACCCGUAGAGAGAAUGGAGCAUUAGUGAACCUUCAAACGGUGUGAAAACAAUGUAAACAGCUGUUUGUAAAUAUAUAUCCUGAGUGGAAAUGUGUACUAACCUUCCUGAAGGUUAGUUUUUGAGAAUGGGAGAGGUUUUGGGUUCUGUUUUAAUGUAAAGAGCCUUAAAAAGAUGUAUAAGUGAGAGGCUGUAAUGAAGAGAUGAUAUUUCUGCUGUAACUGCUUGCUGUUUGAACAAAAAAAUAAUUCAAACCACUUUCAGCAUAUGUGUGUUUGCAGACUGUCCUCAUCUGUAAUGACUAUGAAUAAAUGUUCAUUUGUUGACCAAAAA